AUGGUUCACUGUGCAGGCUGCAAAAGGCCAAUCUUGGACCGGUUUUUGUUGAAUGUGCUGGACAGGGCUUGGCAUGUGAAGUGUGUUCAGUGCUGUGAAUGUAAAUGCAAUUUGACAGAGAAAUGCUUUUCGCGAGAAGGCAAGCUUUACUGCAAAAACGACUUCUUUCGGUGUUUCGGGACCAAGUGCGCGGGCUGUGCCCAGGGGAUCUCCCCCAGCGACUUGGUCCGCAGGGCGCGGAGCAAAGUGUUCCACUUGAACUGUUUUACGUGUAUGAUGUGUAACAAGCAGCUCUCCACCGGCGAGGAGCUCUAUAUCAUAGACGAAAACAAGUUUGUCUGCAAAGAAGAUUACCUAAAUAACAGCAAUACUGCCAAAGAAAACAGCCUGCAUUCAGCCACCACCGGCAGUGACCCCAGCCUGUCCCCCGACUCCCAAGACCCUUCCCAGGACGACGCCAAGGACUCGGAAAGCGCCAACGUGUCCGACAAGGAGACGGGCAGCAACGAGAACGACGACCAGAACCUGGGGGCCAAGCGGCGGGGGCCGCGCACCACCAUCAAGGCCAAGCAGCUGGAGACGCUCAAAGCCGCCUUCGCCGCCACCCCCAAGCCCACGCGGCACAUCAGGGAGCAGCUGGCGCAGGAGACCGGCCUCAACAUGCGGGUCAUCCAGGUCUGGUUCCAGAACCGGCGCUCCAAGGAGCGGCGCAUGAAGCAGCUGAGCGCGCUGGGCGCCCGCCGGCACGCCUUCUUCCGCAGCCCGCGCAGGAUGAGGCCGCUCGUGGACCGCCUGGAGCCCGGGGAGCUCAUCCCCAACGGGCCCUUCUCCUUCUACGGAGAUUAUCAGAGCGAGUACUACGGCCCUGGAAGCAAUUACGAUUUCUUCCCGCAAGGACCUCCCUCGUCUCAAGCUCAGACGCCGGUGGAUCUCCCCUUCGUGCCCUCCUCGGGGCCAUCCGGCACCCCGCUGGGGGCAAUGGAUCACCCCCUGCCCGGACAUCACCCCUCCAGCGAGGCUCAGCGCUUCACUGACAUCAUGUCGCACCCGCCAGGAGACUCGCCCAGCCCCGAACCCAACCUGCCCGGGUCCUUGCACUCCAUGUCUGCAGAAGUUUUUGGCCCCAGUCCUCCAUUUUCCUCGAUAUCCGUCAACGGUGGUGCUAACUAUGGCAAUCACUUGUCACAUCCACCAGAAAUGAAUGAAGCGGCUGUGUGGUAG